UCUUCAAUGCAAAUGUUCGCUUAUGUAUAUAUAAUUUUCAUCAUCAAAGUAUUCAUUUCAAGUAUCAGAAGAUUUCUUCAUUGUUACUAGUUCAUGUUGUGUGAUAUGAAUAGCGAUAUUUUAAACACCACGCGGAAUUAAAGUACUGUAAUCAGAUAAUUGCAUGCAUAUAUCUGAUUUGAUAAGUGUUGAUGGAAUGAAUGUGUUGUUCGAAGGGAUAUUGAGUACACAUAUUAUUUAUGUUACAGACGACAGUCGACAGGCAAUGGCUAGCUAGAAAUACUUGAUGUUAUGGCUGGACUACGGGAAAACACGACUCGGCAUCCCGCGGGGUUUUGUCUGCAGCUGCGUCUGGUUCUCUGGAAGAACAGUAUUACCAAGAUACGUCAUCCGGUGAUAUCUGUGCUGGAGCUCCUAAUACCACUCACGUUAUUCGUGGUCAUCCUGUGUAUUCGACGCACACAGAUUUCAUAUCCACAACCCAUAAGGUACUACCGACCGCAGCCCCUGCUGACAUCAGGUGUGAUACCGGUACUGCAGACUUUCUGUACCCAUGACUAUGCCUCGUCUGCAUCCGUUUUCAACCAGCCGAAUCAGAGGCUGGAGAAUAAUAUUCGCGAGCUCGAGGACACACUCCUCGCCAUGGGGCCAUUUCUUGACAUGCUUGCAGACGACAGUGGUCAACAAAUGAACUCCACGUUUGAUUGGUUACUACGAUUCGCAAACGAGACCGGAAUUACUAAAAACGACUUAGUUUUGGAAACUUUAAUGAUAUCGCCCUCCGAAGUCAGAAAUACUCUGCAGACGACGUUGAACAUGUCAACGUCAUUGACGACAACAUUUCUUCAGAGUUACGUCAACGUCAACAAGUUGAUGGGUUACACUCUUAACUCGAUAGACGACCUUUUUCCAUUGGUGAAACCUGGUAAAGAUGAUACAAAGACGGCUGCUGUCAUCUCAGAAAUAUUACGGGACUGGGUGUGUCCAUCAACGGAAGUGGGUAUCAGCAUCCUAUACCGGAAGACAGGGGCCGGACCAGAGGAAACCGCGUUACCGGAAGUGUGCCUCUUACCCGAGGCCCAGCUGGAGGCUGUUAUGGCGGUCAUUAUUUCGAGCAUGGACUGGAAACAAGUUCUUAAACAGAUUGGAAUACCAGCAGAUGAAGCCGGAACCCAAAAAGCCAAGGACGUGCUUCAAUUCCUAAGCGCUGAUGGCAUGUUGAACAGCAUGACGUCAUUUCUUCCAAACAUCGGAGGAUGCUCGAAAAUACACGAACAUGUUUCCAAGCACGUGGGAACUGCGGAGCAGCGACAGGCGCACUGGGAAACCUUCUGGAGCCACGUGGGACCCGUGCUGUGUAGUAGCGCACAUGAGACGCCGAGUAAAGAUUACCCCUAUGACACGGACAUGAAGACUUUGCUCGGCGUUCUAUCACAGCUUCAGGAUAGGGCGCCCGCCAUUUUGUUUGCGCCAAACAACUCAUUGGUCAUGUCGUUGAUGAAAAAGGCGAACGAGUCACUGGAGUUUCUUGACAAGAUAACGCGCGGGGUGAGGCGUCUAUCUGGUCACGUGACAGAAUUCCAAGAACGCCUGCUUAUGAACAUGUCAGAUAUGGACAUCAACCGAACGCUGCUGAAUAAAAUAAUUCAGACGAUUUCGCAGUUUGAUCACGCGUCGUGCACGUGGAUGGCGAUCUUUGGUGACGUCAACAUGAACGUGUUUCGCGGCUUUAGUACGGAGGUUGAGUUAGAGGACUACUUUCUAAACAAACAGUUCCAUGAUCACGUGACUGUAAUAGCCGGUAUCGUAUUCGAGAAUCUUGAUACGUCACUUCCUGUGCACGUGCGCUACAAGAUACGUCAGAACGCGACGCUGAACCCUCCAACGAAUCAAGUGCGCAUGCCUUUCUGGUACCCUAGUCCAGGAUCGAACAACCUGGACUACUACAAUUUUGGAUUUGUGUGGAUUCAGGACGCUAUCGACCGCGCCAUAAUUUACCUGCAGACCGGGGGUCAGUCUGCGACCCACGGGGUUCUACUGCACAGGAUGCCGUAUCCCUGCUGGAACUGGGACCAGUUCGUGUGGCUGAUUCAGCACAUAGUUCCACUGUGUCUGAUGCUGUCCUGGGUGUACUCGGUGGCCGUGCUGGUCAUGAGGAUCGUUUACGAGAAGGAACAUCGCCUAAAAGAGGUGAUGAAAAUGAUGGGGCUAGGCGACGGCGUACACUGGUGUGGAUGGAUGCUCACCUCUGGCGCGCAGUUCACACUGACGGCCGCGCUGCUCACUCUGAUGUUGCAUUUUGGGAACGUUCUCCCGCGCAGCGACCCAUGGAUCGUGUUCCUGUUUCUGGAGAGCUUCGCCAUGUCUUCUAUCGCAUUUUCGUUUUUGAUCGGUAGUCUCUACUCGAAGGCGAAGCUGGCCGCUGCAUGUGCCGGGAUCUUCUACUUCGUGACGUACGUGCCUUACAUAUAUAUCGCCAUCAGCGAGAGCGUGCGAGGGAUGAGGAUUUCAUGCAUCGCCAAAAUGUUUGCCUCGCUGCUAUCCACCACGGCCCUGGGUCUGGGCGGGAAGUACUUCCUGAUGUACGAACUGGAGGGCACGGGUGUACAGUGGGCGAACCUCAGUACCUCCCCGCAGGAGAAUAACGCUUUCAGUCUGCUGCACGUGCUACUAAUGACGUCAUUUGACACAAUUCUCUAUUUCGUGCUCGCCUGGUACAUCGAGAACGUACAUCCGGGAAGCUACGGAAUUCCAAAGCCCUGGUUCUUUCCACUGAGUCCGAAGUAUUGGUGUGGUGUCAACUUUGAUAUGACGUCAUGCGACGUCAAACGAUUAUUCGGCAUUCGUCGAAAAUAUGACGUCUUUGACGACACUUGUGACGUCAGUAACAGCAUACACACGGGGUUGUUGCGGAUCGGCUGCCACAACCAAAGUGAUUGUCCGACGGAAGCUGACGAUCCGGAACUGAUUCCCGCCGUCGUCGUGAAUAACUUGAGGAAGACGUAUGGUGGGUCGGACCGUUCUGCUGUAGAUGGGCUCUCUUUCACUCUCUACCAGGGUCACGUGACAGCGUUCCUGGGACGAAAUGGCGCUGGGAAAACGACAACGAUGCAUAUUCUGACGGGCCUAUUUCCUCCGACUUCCGGUACUGCCACCUUGUUCGGGAAGGACAUACGGACGGACAUGAGCGAGAUCCGACAAAACAUUGGCGUUUGUCCGCAGCAUAACGUGCUCUUUCAGAGUAUGACGGUUGCAGAGCAUAUCUGGUUUUAUUCGCGAAUAAAAGGAAUCUCACAAAAAGACACACGCACAGAGAUAAAACGCUUCCUAAGCGACCUGUCAAUGGAGGACAAGCAAGACGAGCUACCGGACGCUCUUUCCGGUGGGAUGCAGCGGAAGUUGUCGGUUGCCAUGGCGUUCGUGGGCGGGGCUACCACCGUGUUCCUGGACGAACCCACAGCGGGCGUGGAUCCGUACUCUAGACGGGCGAUUUGGAACCUGCUGACUCAUUACAAGACUGGUCGGACAGUCCUUGUUUCUACCCACUAUCUGGACGAGGCCGAAGCCAUCGGGGACCGAAUAUUGAUCAUCGCUGACGGCCGCAUCCGCUGCGGAGGGACGCCGGUGUUCCUCAAGUCAAACUUCGGUGACGGACAUGUAUUGACCAUUGAGAAAGACAGACCUACCACGUCCAGUUCUCACAUUUUACACGAGAUUCAACGCGUGGUGCCUCGCGCGUUCAUAAGGUCAGAUACCGGAAGUGAUGUCCGCAUCGUAAUUCCGGUUCAUGGACGGGAGCGACGGCUGCUGUCAGGCAUCCUCCGGUCGCUGACACAGCAAAAAGGCAUGCUCGGCAUCGGCGGUUUCAGCGUGUCGGACACGGGGUUGGAGGACGUGUUCGUUAAAGUCACUUCCGGUGUCACCGGAGGUCUGGAUCCUCAUAUUCGAGACCACGGAAGUUCCAUUGAAGAUGAAUCGUGUCCAUCCGGGCAGCAGGCCCCAUCAGACAGUCGGCUGCCCUUUGAUCAUAACGACGAUGACGUGUCUCUUUUGAACGACCAUUACUCAGCGGAAGCAGACGACAAUCGAUGUCAGGCGUGGAACCAUCUGAGAGCGUUGCUCCGGAAACGACUCUGGCUCACCGUUCGCAACCGGAAGGCACUGUUUUCGCAGAUAGUACUUCCGGCGGUGUUCGUGUCUAUCUCGAUGACCAUCGCGUUGACUGCUCCUAAGGUCUCGGACCCUGACCCAGUUACGAUGACAACAACGCAAUUCUUCGAUGAAACGCAACCGAAGGGGAACUAUGUUCCGUUCUCUGUGAAGCAUUUGAAAAGAAAUGAGGGACCGCUAGAAAACGCGUCCAUGGGGCUCUUUAGUAGCGAUGCAGAUGAAGACCGUUAUAAUGCCUUUAUUGACAAGUUGGCGAAUACUUUGCUAAUUCCAUCAGGCUUAGGAGCAUCAUGUUUGAUCAAGUUAGACACUUAUGUAAAUAGUAUAAGAUCCGUUAAUAAUUCGCGUACAGGUAACAAUACUGUGUUCAGUUACAAUAAUAUCAGUGGUCGGUCGUUCAAUGAAGAGUGUGUUCGGUUUCUUUCUACAAAUGAUGUGUUUAGAUCUCGGGAAUUCAGCGCGGAGCAUGUAAAGUCAGUGUUAAAUGGUCAUCUGCGAGGUAUUCCGAAAUGUUCCUGCAAGAAGGACAAUACUGGGUUUUCUUGCGAUUCGUUUACCAGCCCAUCGGAAGUGCGACUGAUAACUGGUGACGUCAUACAGAAUAUUACGUCAUCCGAGCAGAGCGAGGACGACUACUUUUUAUAUACUACUGAUGACUACAGACUUCAUAGAUACGGCGGCCUGACCUUCGGUGGACAGCUACCGUAUUUCCCCGCAAAGGCCGCAACACGACCACAAGGUAGUGACGUGGCUAGCCGCUUAGUCGACAUGAUGGCUGUGAAGGAAUUCUCGCAAGUGUGGUAUAACCAGAAAGGAUUCCACUCAAUGCCGGUGUAUCUGAAUGCCAUGAAUAACGCCCUCUUGCGGGCCACGUUGUCCAUCCAUAAAGGGGACCCAGCGACCUACGGAAUAACGCUGGUCAACCAUCCGAUGAAACAGACUGCAAAUGAUUACCUGAACUCGGACUAUAUCAAUGGAGGCACCGACGUUCUCAUGGCGAUAUUCAUCAUCGUCGCUAUGGCGUUUGUACCUGCGAGUUUCGUCGUGACGCUGGUGCACGAACGCGCGGUGAAGGCCAAGCACCUCCAGAUGUCCAGCGGGCUACAUCCUGUCGUGUACUGGGCAUCGAACUUCAUUUGGGACAUGGUGAACUAUCUACUUCCGGCGGUGUGCAUCAUCCUAGUCCUUCUAGCGUUCAACAUCGCCGCCUAUACACAAGGCGACAACUUUAUGGCGGUCGUGCUACUGUUUCUAGUUUAUGGGUGGUCAAUGACUCCGCUGAUGUAUCCGGUCAGUUUCCUGUUCAGGGAGCCGAGUGUCGCCUACAUCUGCAUGAUCGUGGUCAAUCUAUUCACGGGAAUCACGUGCGUCCAAGUCAGCUUCAUGCUUCGCAUCUUCGACUUUGAGCAGAACAUCUCUGGUUGGAAUGGUUUCCUAGGUAACCUGUUCCUGAUAUUUCCAAACUAUUGCCUUGGUCACGGGAUGAUGACAAUCGCUUUGAAUCACUAUAGCAACCAGUACUACUCACAUAUGGGUUACCAUGACAAAGUGACGUCAGCGAUGACAUGGAACAUAACGGGAAAGAGGCUGGUUGCCAUGGCAAUUGUUGGCGUUGUGUCAUUGACCGUAACAUUGUUGUGCGAGUACGGCUGUUAUUGUUGGAAAAGGCACAAUCCAUCUGUACGAACGGAAGUUGAAGAUGAUGACGUAGAUAUUGAGACGGAACGCCAGCGAACACUGAUGUCUGCAAAUGAUAACAAAGUAUUGCGGGUGGAAAACGUUUCCAAGGUAUACACAAAAGGACGAAAGACUAAGAUCCGCGCAGUCGAUGACCUCACAUUCUCCGUAUCCAAUGGAGAGUGUCUGGGUUUACUUGGCGUGAACGGGGCUGGGAAGACGUCAACCUUCCGUAUGCUCACGGGAGACCUGGCGUCCACCUCGGGGGAUGUUAAGAUCCUCUCCCAAAGCGUCCAUAGCAGCGGCCGGUCAGUCCAGCGCCAUGUUGGCUACUGUCCGCAGUUCGACGCCAUAUUUGAUGAGCUGACACCCAUCCAGCAUCUUCAGCUGUAUGCCACAUUACGAGGAGUACCGACACAGUAUCAGCACACGACCAUUCGGCAGUGCCUGGCGUCGCUGAAUUUACAGAAGUACGCCGACCAAAUGGCGGGAACUUUGAGUGGAGGAAACAAGCGGAAGUUGUCGACCGCUAUUGCGCUCAUAGGGGACCCCGCAGUCGUCCUCUUGGAUGAGCCCACUUCCGGUAUGGAUCCAUGCGCACGCCGCCAUCUUUGGGACGUCAUAAACAAAUUGACCAGUCGUGGAACAGCAGUUGUCUUCUCUUCGCACAGCAUGGAGGAAUGCGAAUCCCUGUGUUCCCGUCUCGCUAUAAUGUCCCAGGGACGCCUGCGCUGCAUAGGCACGCUGCAACAUCUCAAGGACAAAUAUGGCAGCGGAUAUACUGUCACAGUCACGUUGACAUCAUCAACGUCAUCCGGUGAGACGCGCGCGUACAUUGAGGAGCAUUUGAGAGACGCCACUCUUAAGUACCAGGGUGUAAAAACCCUAGUUUUCGAUGUGGUAGCGACAGGUACGGACUUGCCGGAUAUGUUUGAAACGCUGGAGGGAAUUCCUGAAUACCUGGGCGUCAGCGACUUCAGCGUGAACCAGAACACUCUGGAUAAGGUUUUCAUCCAGUUUGCUUUAGAGAGCCAAGCAAAGCGCGGCUCAAUGCGGGGAAAAAUCCGAUCAGGCUCAGACAGCACUGAUGACGUCAUAGGAAUAGAUCGCAACGCAGACGACAUGUUAAUUGAACUUGCAGACAGAAAUACAAGUUCCCAUAGCGAUGACUCGCUUCUUGAGAUUGUUUGAGAGGUAUUCUGUCAUUUUAAAUUGAAAUGCAAACUCAAGUUUCACGUUGUUAUAUGAGCUGGUGUUACAUAUUUGAAAAAGAUUUUAUGGGAAAUGCGUUUUGUCAGUAAGAAGAAAGAAAGUUUGUUUUAAUGAACCAGCGUGUAACAGGAAACAAACGUGGAUAAGAAGUCUACAGUAUUGGCUGGUUUUAUCUGAAGACGGCGUGAUUAUGGACCACACCAUAUGUCCACAAAGCUCGCGCGCUAUCGUCUAGGGCAUAUAGCAUAAACUGUGUCUGAACGGCAUUCCAUAGAGGCAUCUGCUUCAUGUGACCGUCCGUUCUCGCCACAGUCUGUACGCGUGACAGGCGGUAAUUUUGACCGUAUGUUACACGGUUCGUUAUUUUUCUGCGAAGACAGAAUAUUUAGAACACGCUUUCCUACUUAAACAUCUUAACAAUGUCCAUGUAACUGAAGGUAAAACAAGCGUGUGAUUUUAACGUCGUUUCCAUUUUAAGUUUGUAUUGUGUGUUUGUUAUAAGUUUAGAUUGGUUGGAUUGAUAUACUUUUGUGGUACUUGAUUUUGUGUUUGUUAUUAAUUGUUUUUGUUUUGAUUUUUUAAAAGGAACAUUACUUACCUUUCUGAAGAAAAAAAUGUAAACAUUUCUUUUUCACGUGAUUUUUUAUUAAUACAGUUUUAAUUGUUAACUGUGUUACCGUAUUGUUUAUGUGAGUGGGUGGGUGUUUGUGGGUGUAUUUGUUGAAAAUGACCAUAGUUCCGUCCUAUUUAAGUAAAAUAAGUGUAUGCACGAUAUGAUUUCAUAUUUAUACCUUUUGAACAUGUUAUACACUUCUGUUACCAUUAUUUAUUUAUUUAGUA